AUGGAGCCUGCGUCGCAACCCCCGCCCGCCACACCGACGAACCUCCGCUUUACCCUCGAACUGGAGUUUGUCUCCUCCCUUGCCAAUCCGUACUAUCUUUCCUACCUUGCCGUGACCUACCCGAACCUCUUGGGUGUCGCUCAAGGCGAUGAUGAGGACGAGUUUACCUCCACUCCGGAUGCGCAGGCUUUCGCAGCCUAUCUAGCCUACCUCUACUCCUACUGGAAGACCCCGGAAUACGCGCAGUUCCUCACCCAUCCCGGCCCGACCUUGCGCGCCCUGCGAUUGCUCCAGGAAGACCGGUUCCGCCGCGACAUUAUCCUGCCUCACGUUAUCGAGAGCUUGGCAGGUAAUUUGCCGGAACACCAGCCCAACGGUGUCGAAUCCGAGGACAAACAAGAAGAAGCGAACGGAACUCAUACUUGA